GCAGGGUCUCUGUUUCCAUUUUUUCCUUUUUAGUGUCGAUGGCUUGCCUCACACUAUAUUUAAUCACUUGAAGAAGUGAAAUGUGAAACUAUAAAUACACAAACCCAUUGGCAUUAAUACUCAUCUUUACAUUUACAGUCACCUUCAAUCCGUCCUUUUCCUUUGCGUUUUUUUUCCCUCUCUUCCAAUUCCCUUCCUCUUCCAACUUCAACGUCAUCAAACUCUUUACAAUCCACUGAUAUCAUGCCCUUAUAUACUGCAAAUUUGGCCACUAAACUUCCACAUCGCUUCGCUUUUACUACAACGAACACCAAUUCCUUACCCAACUAUGCUGGGUUUAAACCUUUCUUCUUCUUCUUCCCUUCUACCCACAUCCAUAAUUCUUCCCCUAAUCGAAUCUAUUCGUCUGUUCCUUCAUCUUCCUCAAUAAUGGAAGACCAGAAACAUCUGGGUCAUUUGAUUUCUGGGCCGAAAUCACUUUCCCAAGAACUCAAAAUCGCCGUUGGAGCUGUUCAGAUGGCUUGCUUUCUUUGUCAGAGAGUUCAGAGUAACUUGCUUGCGAGCAAUGCCCAAAUUCAAGCCAAGGAUGACAAUUCUCCUGUUACUAUUGCUGAUUGGAGCGUUCAGGCAAUUAUCAGCUGGAUUCUAUCCAAAUCUUUUGGGAGUAAAAAUGUGUCAAUUGUUGCCGAGGAGGAUGUUCAGACUCUUUCCGAGCCUGGUGCAGACCGACUCUUGAAAGCUGUAGUGGAAACUGUAAACGAGUGUCUUUGUGAAGCAUAUCGUUUUGGAUUGGAAGGUCCAGAAAGCACCCUCUGUACGUCCGAGGUUCUUGAAGCAAUCAGCCGAUGCAACUCAUCUGGUGGUCCAACUAGAAGAUUUUGGACUCUUGACCCUGUGGACGGCACGUUGGGGUUUAUACGUGGGGAUCAAUAUGCUGUAGCUCUAGCAUUGAUAGAAGAUGGAGAAGUGGUGCUGGGGGUUCUGGGAUGUCCAAAUUAUCCAAUGAGAAAAGAAUGGCUAUGCUACCAUCCUCGCUACCAUUCAAUCAUAUCCAAAUUAUCAACUACAACAUCAGAGUCUUGGGACAAAGGUUGUGUGAUUUAUGCCCAAAAAGGUAGCGGUGAAGCUUGGAUGCAACCACUGAUUCAUGUAAACAGGGAAUUAGUAUGGCCGAACUCUGCUAUACCAAUUCGCGUAUCCUCCAUCGACGAUCCAGCAUUGGCAACAUUCUGCGAACCAGUUGAGAAAGCAAAUUCAAGCCAUUCAUUCACGGCAGGACUUGCUCAUACUGUUGGACUUAGGAACCAACCAUUGAGAGUGUACAGCAUGGUGAAAUAUGCAGCCAUAGCUCGCGGUGAUGCUGAAAUCUUCAUGAAGUUUGCUAGGGCUGGUUACAAGGAGAAGAUAUGGGAUCAUGCAGCCGGUGUGGUUAUCAUACAAGAAGCUGGUGGUGUAGUCACGGAUGCAAGAGGCUGUCCACUCAACUUCUCGAAAGGUAUGUAUUUGGAAGGCCUCGACCGAGGAGUCAUCGCUUGCGCUGGAGCUAACCUUCAUGACAAGAUAAUCAGAGCUGUUGACGCUAGCUGGAACUCCUCUUGUCUAUGAUAUCAUGGCUUCAUGAAAAUAAGAAAGAUUGUAUUGUAAUAGGGGGGAAGAGGAAGCUGCUUUUGCUUUCUAAAUGUAAUUUUGGUAUAUGGGACUUCCAUGGAAACUAUCUUAUUUUCAAUACAGGCUUGUAUUUAUUGUAAAAAAAAAGCUCAUAUCUAUAGUCUGGAGGAAGCCUUUUCCUGUUUCAGAACUCAGAAGUAUCUAUUACAGAAUUUAACCUUUAUAACUUGGGGGGUGAUUUGGGAAUUUUGCCA